AAUAUAUUAGAUUAAAAUAAAAGAUCGCCUUUAGUAAAGGGAACUUGUUUUGAUACAUAGAUCAAAUGUAUAGCACAAUUUAUAUAUUUUUGAUAGGUGAAUCUUUUCUCUGAAUGCAAGCUUACAAACAACAUGAGUAUGAGUAAAAGCAUUCCAUAAAAUGCGUCAUUCGCCUUGACAGACUUUUCAACCUUGACCUUUGCAUCUCAGACAAACAGAAUUAUCGAAAACGUUGGAGUGCCAGUUUAGUAAUUUUUCCUUUUGCUCUGGGUGGGCAGCUAAGCCACUAAGAGAAUGUAUUCUUCAUGUAAGAUACCAGUAUGAAGAUGUAACUUGUAAGAUAAAAAAUAUAUGGUUAAAAAGAUUAUAAGAAUUUACAGAGUGAUACAACUGAAGUUUUAUAGGAUAUGGAACAAGAUAAAAAUAAAGAAGAAACUGCAAAAAACAGAACAACUGUUAGUAAUAAUAGUACACCUGGUGGUGGAGCCAGUGCAAGCCAAGGAGGAUCAUCGGCAAAUAACCAUGGCGGAAGUUCAUCAGCAACAUAUGCCAAUCAACCAAGUUCUGGUAAUACAUCACCAUCUUCUAAAACCUUUACUUUGUCAACUUCACCAACCUCAUCACUCACUGGACUCACAUCUUCAUUAAUGGCGACAGCUAAUUCAAGAGAAGCCCAUCUGAAUCCCAUGCAAAUUCCAAUAAACAGUCUGCUGGGUGCUAUUACGACCAAUCCAGUCAGUGCCAAUACUGGAAAAUCUGGAACGGCAUCAUUGACUAAUUCUCCAUCAGAAUCUUUACCAAUAGUUCCUGUUCCAGUAUCGAGCUUCUCUCCAGAUAAUCUUCAUCAGCCUCAAAACAAGGGAAACAUUCAGUAUAACUGGCAAGCUGCAAGAAUUAAUGUUAAAGAAAGGCUUGCUUACUUGUUCAAUACUGAAAUUAUGUCAGACAUUCAUUUUAAAGUUGGAAAAUCACCAAACCAGGAAAUUAUACCGGCACAUAAGUUUGUGCUAUCAGUGGGAAGUGCCGUUUUCGAUGCUUUAUUUAAUGGUGGCAUGGCAACUACAGAAACACUGAUUGAGAUUCCUGAUGUAGAGCCAUCAGCUUUUUUGGCACUCUUAAGAUUUCUUUAUUCAGAUGAAGUUCAGAUUGGACCUGAAACUGUAAUGACGACACUGUACACAGCCAAAAAAUAUGCAGUACCUGCUUUAGAAAGGGCAUGUGUCGAAUUCUUGAAAAGAAAUCUCAGCAGUGACAAUGCAUUUCUAUUGCUCACCCAGGCAAGACUUUUCGAUGAGCCUCAGUUAGCGGCUCUGUGUUUAGAAACUAUUGAUAAGAAUACAACAGAAGCAUUGGCUGCUGAUGGUUUUACAGAUAUUGAUAUUGAUACUCUCUGUGUUGUAAUGGAGAGAGAUUCCCUUGGUAUACGAGAAUGUAAAUUAUUUGCUGCCGUUUGUCGUUGGGCAGAAGCUGAGUGCACAAAAAAGAAUUUGCCACUAACUCCUGCAAAUCAGCGUCAAGUUCUGUCGCGAGCUUUACAUUUAAUUCGUUUUCCUCUUAUGACAGUAGAAGAAUUCGCUGUUGGUGCAGCACAGAGUGGUAUAUUAGAAGAUAGAGAAGUUGUAGAAUUAUUUCUGUAUUUUACUGUUAAUCCUAAGCCUAAUAUCAAUUUUCUGGAUGUUCCGAGGUGUUGUUUGACAGGAAAAGAACAGGUAGUGUCACGGUUUUGUCAGAUCGAAAGUCGAUGGGGAUAUAGUGGUACUAGUGAUAGAAUCAGGUUUAUGGUAAAUAGACGUAUAUUUGUGGUAGGAUUUGGUUUAUAUGGUAGUAUACAUGGACCAACGGAAUACUCAGUUAAUAUACAGAUAAUACAUAAUGAUACUGGUAAAGUAAUGGGAACUAGUGAUACCAGUUUUCCAUGUGAUGGUACAACAUCUACAUUUCGUGUUAUGUUUAAAGAACCAGUGGAGAUUCUACCUAAUAUCAGUUUUAUAGCCUGUUCUACGCUAAAGGGUCCUGAUUCGUACUAUGGAUCUAAAGGUUUGCGGAAAGUAACACACGAGUCGGUAACAAGUGGUAAAGUCACUUUUCAGUUUACGUAUGCUGCAGGCAAUAACAAUGGAACAUCAGUAGAAGAUGGACAAAUUCCAGAAAUAAUAUUCUAUACAUAACAAUCACAACCACAACAUUCAGAGAAAAUGUUUUAAAUAUCAUUACCAUUACUUCUAAAUAACAUACUGUUAAAUAUUAACUUAUUGGGUUCAUGAAAUUAUUGAUAAAAUCUAUUGGCCUAUCUCUGAUCGCUUCAGUACAGUUAAUUGCAUGUUACAUAUAAGUGACAUGCAUGUUAAAUUGCAUGUUUUUCAGUAGAAUAUACAGGGUGGUUGUUCUGAAAUGAUCUGCAAGUAUGACAGUUUACAUUUUACAUGCCCUUGGUUAGUACCUACUAUUAUAGAAUAAUUAAACAAUUUCAAUAUUACAAAUCUUUUCUAAAUUUUGACAUUGAUUAAGAAGAAAACCAUUAAACUACUUACUAUUCAGUAGAUGUUUUAAAUGGGAGUGUAAAAUAAAGAUGUAAUUCAAAUUAAUACAAGCUUUACUUUUCUUGUUCUAUUUUUAGAUUUCAGUAAAAAAUAUAUUUAUAGUUCAUUAGUCAUAUAUGUACCUAGAAUUAUUUACCAUAGUUAUUGAAAUAUUAUGCACUUGGAAUGAUUUACUUUUCUUAAUGAAAAUUAUAUUUUACCCACAUCAGCACUCCAAAUUUCUAUCGGGGUUUACUAAUUUAGUUUGAUUAUUAUAAGUGUAUCUUGCACCUAUUUCAGUCUAUAAACAAACUUAAAUGUAAGACAGUAAAGGGAGGUAAUUGUUGUCUCACUGAUUUUAACUUGCUUUAUGAAAGAUAAGUAACAAAUUUCUCCAAGUUAUAAUGUCCACAAUUUUGAUUAGCUUUUUCUUAAAAUAAUUUUUGAAACAAUGAAUUGUGUACUGAAUUAAUUAAAACUGCCGUUAAAUACUGGUAGCAUAUUCAGUAGAGUCAUCUGAUGAGUGAUUGUGCUUAAUGUUUAUUUUUACAUGGAAUGCUAGGAGAAUAAAUGGAAGGAAGCUCCUACACAGUAUUAAUGUACAUAUUUAAUUAUAAUAUCCACUCCUUUUAGUAUAGUGCCCCUUGAUUAAUUUAUACCCAGAUUGUAGGAUACUGUUCUCCAUUGACUAUGUUAUUAAUUGUAGGAUACUGUUCUCAAUUGACUAUGUUGUUGAUUUUAUAAAAAUAAGUCAUACAUGCUAUAAAUUAUUUGUUAUAUAUACAAUACAUACUGUAAUAAGGUGUAGGAUAUAUGUAAAUUUAAAGAUGAAAUAUAUUUAUUAAUGCAUUGUUUGUUAUUGUAUAUAGUAAAACAUGAAAUUUUGUUGACAAUGUCUUAAUGAAAUGUGUUUUGAAAUUUCAUACAUAUAUACAAUAAUUUCAUGGUUUAAUAUAUAGAUGAUUAGAGAAAUCCAAGAGUAUGGUUGUAGUUAUUGUACUAACGAGAUAAAUAUUUUUCUAAUGUUACCAAUGUUUUCAUUCAAAGUAAAUGUGAUACAAGUUUUUACCAUAGAUUUUUCUUCGAAAUACUUCUUGUAAGUGAAUUUAUCUAAAGAACCUAAUUUGUUUAUUUUUGCAUAUUAAUGGAGCUAUGUAGCUUCAGGGAACAUUCAUUCUGUUCAUGUAUAAUUUAUAGAGCAGUAUUCAUUUCUCUUUGAGCAGUAUAUGCUCAAUCAAACCAAGUUUCCUUGAGGUUAGAUCAAAUAAAUUCUCCUCAAAAUGAUAUUGGAAGUACAUUCAUUGUACGAUGACUGUGUUGUCUUGCUAAUACAUUCAAUAUGGUUGUUUUAUUAUUCUGAUUCUGGUUAAUAUUUUUGUCAGAAAUUAUUGAAUGAUAUUCGGUCUUAGGGCCCGAAGGUCUUAAAGUGAUAGUCAACACAACUGACAUUUCACAAUUGAUUUUAGGAUGUAAGUAGAAUAUUUGAUUUAUUUGUAAUUAUAUAUUAUAUCAAAUAAUUGCUUGUGUUUUUUUUAAAUACAGAGUAAUACUUCA